UCACGGGCUCGGCCGGCCCCCGCGCCCAGGCGGCUGCUCCCUGCUGACUGGGGUGUGGGCGGGAGCGGCGGAGGGAGGAGGAGGCGCUGCUUGCCGCCGCUGUUGCCUCCGCUGCUGGGCGCCGGGGCAGCUCCCCGGGUAUCUGCGGCCGCCAUGGACGAGCAGGCGGGUCCCGGCGUCUUCUUCAGCAACAACCACCCGGGCGCCGGCGGUGCCAAGGGGCUGGGGCCUCUGGCGGAGGCUGCCGCGGCCGGCGACGGGGCGGCUGCGGCGGGGGCGGCCCGAGCCCAGUACAGUCUCCCGGGGAUCCUGCACUUCCUGCAGCACGAGUGGGCCCGCUUCGAGGUGGAGAGAGCCCAGUGGGAGGUGGAGCGGGCGGAGCUGCAGGCCCAGAUUGCCUUCCUACAGGGAGAAAGGAAGGGCCAAGAAAAUUUGAAGAAGGAUCUUGUGAGGAGGAUCAAAAUGUUGGAGUAUGCUCUUAAACAGGAAAGAGCCAAAUACCACAAGUUGAAAUACGGGACAGAAUUGAAUCAGGGAGAUAUGAAGCCUCCAAGCUAUGAUUCUGAUGAAGGUAAUGAAACAGAAGUGCAGCCACAACAAAACAGCCAGUUAAUGUGGAAACAAGGUCGACAACUACUCAGACAGUAUCUACAGGAGGUGGGUUAUACAGAUACUAUUCUAGAUGUGAAAUCUAAACGAGUGCGAGCUUUGUUGGGCUUUUCAAGUGAUGUCACGGACAGGGAAGAUGACAAAAAUCAGGACUCAGUUGUAAAUGGCACAGAGGCUGAAGUUAAAGAGACAGCAAUGAUUGCAAAAUCUGAGUUAACAGAUUCUGCCUCCGUGCUGGAUAAUUUCAAAUUCCUUGAAAGUGCAGCUGCAGAUUUCAGUGAUGAAGAUGAAGAUGAUGAUGUUGAUGGAAGAGAGAAAAGCGUCAUUGAUGCUUCAACAAUUGUUAGGAAAAAAGCAUUGCCUGACAGCGGUGAAGAUCGAGAUACAAAAGAAGCUCUAAAGGAGUUUGACUUCUUGGUUACAUCAGAGGAAGGAGACAAUGAAUCUAGAAGUGCAGGCGAUGGAACAGACUGGGAAAAGGAAGACCAGUGUCUCAUGCCUGAAGCCUGGAAUGUGGACCAGGGAGUAAUUACCAAACUCAAGGAACAAUACAAAAAGGAGAGAAAGGGGAAAAAGGGGGUGAAGAGAAAAACUACUGAAGAUCUGUUUCAGCCUCUAUCCUAUAUAAAACAGUCAAAACAGGGAUGUGGGAGAAUGAAGAAUCAAAGUUUAGGGCCCAAUAGGUCAAAACUACAAGAUAUGCUUGCUAAUUUGAGAGAUGUUGAUGAACUUCCUUCAUUGCAGCCAUCUGUGGGUUCACCUUCCAGACCCAGCAGCUCCAGGCUUCCUGAACAUGAAAUUAAUAGGGCAGAUGAAGUGGAAGCAUUGACAUUUCCUCCUUCUUCUGGAAAGUCAUUCAUCAUGGGAGCAGAUGAAGCCCUUGAAAGUGAACUGGGACUUGGAGAACUAGCAGGCCUUACGGUGGCCAAUGAAGCAGACUCACUAACUUAUGAUAUAGCAAACAAUAAAGAUGCAUUGAGGAAGACAUGGAACCCUAAGUUUACCUUGAGAAGUCACUUUGAUGGCAUCCGAGCCCUUGCUUUCCAUCCCAUUGAGCCUGUUUUGAUAACAGCAUCAGAGGAUCACACAUUAAAAAUGUGGAAUUUACAGAAAACAGCCCCAGCCAAAAAGAGCACUUCUCUUGAUGUAGAACCUAUCUAUACAUUCAGAGCCCAUAAAGGUCCAGUGCUUUGUGUGGUAAUGAGCAGCAAUGGUGAGCAGUGUUACAGUGGUGGUACUGAUGGACUGAUCCAGGGCUGGAAUACCACUAAUCCCAACAUCGACCCCUAUGAUUCUUAUGAUCCUUCUGUUUUACGAGGCCCUCUGCUAGGCCACACGGAUGCAGUCUGGGGUUUGGCUUAUAGUGCAGCACAUCAGCGUUUGUUGUCCUGUUCAGCAGAUGGCACUCUGCGUUUAUGGAAUACAACUGAGGUUGCUCCAGCACUAAGUGUAUUUAAUGAUACUAAAGAACUGGGAAUCCCUGCCUCUGUGGAUCUAGUGAGCAGUGACCCGAGCCAUAUGGUAGCAUCAUUCAGCAAGGGAUAUACAAGCAUUUUUAACAUGGAAACACAACAACGCAUUCUCACUUUAGAAUCCAAUGUAGAUACAACAGCCAACUCUUCCUGCCAAAUAAAUAGAGUCAUCAGUCAUCCUACUCUUCCGAUCAGCAUCACUGCUCAUGAAGACAGGCACAUCAAAUUCUAUGAUAACAAUACAGGCAAACUGAUCCACUCGAUGGUAGCCCACCUAGAAGCUGUUACAAGUUUAGCAGUUGAUCCCAAUGGCCUUUACUUGAUGUCUGGCAGUCAUGACUGUUCAAUACGUUUAUGGAAUCUAGAAAGUAAGACGUGUAUCCAAGAAUUCACAGCUCAUCGAAAAAAGUUUGAAGAAUCGAUUCAUGAUGUAGCUUUCCACCCAUCCAAAUGCUAUAUAGCCAGUGCUGGAGCUGACGCACUGGCUAAAGUCUUUGUAUGACGCAAUGCAUCAUCUUCACCUUCUAGCUGUUUAUAAGUAAUCAACUGCACAAAAGAGAUACAGAAGACGAGGGCAAGAAUCAUCUCGUCCUGCCCUUUUGUUCUGCUGAAGGAGCACAGAGAACAUUUGUUGAAGUAUAGUUUUGCAAUUCAUAUACUGUUUUCUAAAACUAAGGUUUGUUCAGGUUGCUGCAAGCUCAGCUGAAUCUGUGAGCCUGAGGUCUGUUUCAAAUUUCUCCCCAAUAGGCGCCUUUAUUUCUGAGGUUGUUCUAAUUCGCUAGGCAGGCCUGAGCGAAUACAAGUUUAGCUUGUCCCUGUUGAGUAAGUAGGGCAUGCUACAAUGGAUAAUUUAAAAGCUUGAUAGCUGGGACUGAAUAGAAGAAAACGGGAAACUUAGACCAAGUUCUCCCCUGAGAAAUCUUGUGAAACACAUUAAGUAGUCAAAGUAGUAAUCUUUAUCAUAUCUGCCAUAUUAACCCCUUUGUGUAUAAUGACCAGGCAGUGUUAAACUGAGUUUUUAAUUUGACUCUCCUUUCAGCUGUUCACAUAAAGCACCUGGCAAAGCAUUUUACCUGUUGGGGGAGAAAAAUGCAAUAAUAUGUUAAAUAUAUUAUUAUUCAGAAAUGCUAAACAAAUAGUUUGCAAGCAGAUUUCUAUAUUGUAUUACAGUUUUGAAAAUAGAUUUGGUAUCAUUCUAAAGUUUAGCUAUCAAGCACUCACCAUUGUGAAGAAUAGCUGAUCGACUCUGCUUUUACUAACAGAUUUAACUUAUUCAGGUUUGAAAUUCUGUUUAUUUUUAAGGGUAAACAGGGCAUAUCUCUUUAAUAAUUUCUAUUUUAAAAUUCACUUUAUUCAUGUGACAUUUAUAGUACCAGAGUGAUUAUUUCAUACCAAUGAAAUCUUACUUUUCAGUGACUGAAAAGAUAGAAUUUAUUUGCUAAUAAUCAUUUAUCAACACCCACCUAAUCAUGCUUCAGAUGAUCUGUGCUCUUUCUUCUUUGUCACAUUCAAGUUAUCUGACAUCUACCAAGAACAGUUCAUAAUUAUUAAUAGCCCAAAGAGUAUGGUUAACUUCACGCAGCUGCUUUUGCAGAAGCACUAAUAAAAACAAAUAUUUUGUACCCUAGAAGUCCUCUAUUAAUCCCUGUAAGAAUCUCCUGGAAACCUGGAUGAAAGAGUUUAAUGCCAAAUAUUGGCUAAAAAGUUCUGUCUUUCUCUCUCCCUAUUCCUCCCUUAUUGUUUAAUUGAGAUAUACAUGUUUUAAUGGGCAGUGUAUCAGUAUUGUUUCUGGGGAAAUCCACACCUUAAAAGGCCAGGCUUCCCCAGCCCAACUUACCUGUGACCCACCUACAUGUGUUCACCUUUUGGGAUUCUGAGGACCCCGCUAUCUAGACGUAGUCUCCCGUCAUAAAGACAUUAUUUCUAUAGUGGUUUAUGUCUCUCUUACUCUUUGUCCCAAAUGACAGAGACCAAUCUAGAAAUUGGAAAUAAAUUAUUAACAUCCAACUUUCCACCAAAAAACAUAUAAAUAGGCUCUUAGAUUUUAAAAAUAUUAAAUCUAUAGAUAUUUUAACCAAUUAAAACAAUUUCUACAUAUUCCAUUCCCCACAUUUUCCAUCGUCAUAACAAUGAUGCUUCUCAUGAUACGUACAUCUACUCCUUGAAAAAGUAUUCUGGUGGUGGUGUGGCUAAUGAUUGACAAAUAUUUCUGUAAAAUUUCUGCCUGUUUGCCUCUAGAAUUCUGCAUUAUUCAGGCAAAUUUUCUUUAAAGCUAAAGACUUGUGCUAAAUUUGCCUGAUUGUCAUACAGAUAUGCUGUAGUAAUACAGCUACCUUUUCAUUUCGUCUUUGUGCUUUGGUUAACAAGCAGGCUCAAGAGACUGCUUUGUGUAAUUAAAUGAAUUGACCUAAACAUGAGCUAUCAGGUGAAUACUUAAUAUUUCCAUGCAGAUACAGAAUUCCAUAUUGUGUUCAGUAAAUUUGUUUUGGUUCUUCACAGUGAAGAAAGAAUGUUUCUAACCUAACAUUUGUAGAAGGAUACUGGAAAAUUCCUUCCAGGAAGGAAGGAAGGAAGAUGCCAUUACUUGGUGUAUUUAUGAUGGAUGACCACAAAGCUAUUGUUCUACCAUUUAUUGUUUUAAUUACCGUCUAAGAUCUUCAGUUACUGCUUUAUUAAUGUCACUGAAAUUCUAAAAACCAGGACAUUCUUCCCCCAUUCAUUUUAUGCUUCAUGGUUGAAAUUUUUCUGUCAGUGAGUGGAAAAUAACCAUGAGAUACAUAGACUGUAGCGCACAUGGAACUGUUGAAAGUUCCUUAGAAAGCCAGUGCUGUGGCAUUGGAGACUACGGAGAGAGUCUUCUCUACCAGCACUGCAUGAUCUCAGCCUAGAAAUGAGCCAAAGCUGUCUUCCAACCAGAGUAGCAUAUACAUGUGUCUGACUUUUCCCCUAGCCUGUUGAACAUUCAAUGAAAAUUCACAGAAUGAACAAAUUCAGUGUUUAAACAGCCAUUGAAAUGCUUUCAUAGUGCUUCAUUUGUAAAUAUUUUGUUUGAAAUGUAUUGGAAUAGUAUGAAAAUUAGCGGGAGGUUUGGAUCCCUGUCUUAUUUUCAUAUGCUGUGGAUACAUCUCUGGGAGCUUGCAGCACCCUUCUCAAAACUCAACUGUCAUAUGGAGCUCAUUUGCUACUCAAACCAUAGACAGAUUAUUUAACAAAAGUGAUAUAAUGACCUUCAGUAUUUUUCUAUUGAACAAGUUUAACAACUUUUGCCAUUAAACAAAUACUUAGUUAUGCAAAGUAUUUCGCUUUUAUAAUCAUUUUAGUUAUGACUAAAAGGGGGGAAGUUGAGCUGCAUCACUGAUGAUGAACUUUGUGAGAAAUUUUUUUUUUUAAUCUGACUUUCAUUCCUUCAGUAUUCUUGCUAUAAAUUUCUUUUGGAGAUAAUGAUGAAGAUUUAUUUGAAAAUGUCUAAAAUGUAUGUAUAUUUUAUAAAUAUAUAUUAUAUAUAUUGUAAGAAUAUAUAUAAUAUAUAAACUAUAUAUAUAUAUAUAUAUAUAUAUAUAAACCAUAGGUGCAUUUUACUGUUUUGUAUUUUCAUUUUUGGAGGUAGUAUACACAGCAGAUAAUGAUGAGUAUGAUGAUUGUUGUGCUGUUUGCUUUUGCAGUAUAAUAUAUAGUUCUAAGUGUUUAAAUUACUGUAUAUACAAUAUUCAUUAUAGGCUAGCAUGCUUGUUUUAAAGACUGUCAUUCUAGUGUAUUAAAAUCUGAAUGUAAGAAAA